CGGAGGUCGAGCAAGGGAGGUUGAGUCGGUCGCCGACUCACCGGGCGCAGCUGAAAAUGGACCCUUGCUCCACUAGUAAAGUAAACCUCCAUUCCCUCGUUCGUUCCAUAUCUCCAGAUCUCCAUAUUUCAACGGCGCGAAUUGACGUGUCUGUCUCCCCCAAGUCCCGGGACGGCCGACAUUUCCAAGAAAGAUUCCCGCCAAAAUUCACUGGGUGUGUGUGUUCCAAGUCCGGGCAAGUAGGACGGCAAGGCGACCGAUCUUCCUCUGAAGCAGAGGCAACCCCCCCCCCCCCCCCCUGCACCGUCCACGCAUCCACCUUGUGGGCAGGCAGGCACCUGUCUCCAUCUGUUACCAGCAGUGGUCCUGCGCUCGCCGGAUACCUAACCGCUGCGUUAUCCUCGACCCGCCAUUCGCUUUCGGCUACCCGACCCUUUCUGAUUCGAGAUUUCUACAUACAACCAUCCCGACGUCUGGCCUGUCGCAAUUCGCCCUCGAGGCUCAAGGUUCUUACUUACAGCGAGCCUUGAAUGGGGGGAGGAACUGCCGGCGCAGCCGACAGUCAGGCUGCUGCUACUUCGGCGGCUGCGAUGGCGGCUGCGAUGGCGGCUGCCGACCCAGCGGCCCCGCUUGCGCCUGCGCUACAAGUCAUUGUUUUGGUGAGUUGGUCGCAUCAUGUUCAUUUUAACGCCGUCAG